UUCGCUAUCGGAGUUGCUUGAACCAUUUAAAAUACCUUUGUCUGCUUAAAGAUUAUUAUAGUAUUUUAUUGUCAUUUACUUAUGUAAGAUAUAUAUUAUGGAAAUGCAUGAACAUAGAUAUCUAGAUACUAAAUAUGUGGCAGAAAACUUGUCUAAUAUUUCGGUGAAUAACUUGAAACAAAAUGACAGUGAAAUGAAUAUUCCUUUAUAUAUUUAUAUUAUUGUUAGUAUCGUGAAUACAGUUAUAUUUAUUGUGGGAACGUUCGGAAACAUUCUUGUGAUAAUAGUAGUACUUAGAGUUCGAGAAAUGCGGACACCAACAAAUGUUUUCUUGCUAAACUUAAGUGUUGCUGAUGUUUUAGUAUUGCUGGUUUGUCAACCUGCUGGCCUCACAGAAUUCUUUGGAAAAGACAGAUGGUUUCUUGGUGGAAUAAUGUGUAAACUUGUACCGUUCAUGGAAAAUGGCGUCCUGCACGUCUCUAUACUUACAAUGAUAGCGGUAACGUUAGAAAGAUACGUCGUCCUAUGCCAUCCGUUGAAACGUAAAAUGUUUUAUACUGUUUCUUCUACAAUCAAAAUUGUAAUCAUUAUCUGGAUCAUUGGACUUACAUUGACCUCGCCAUUUUUAUUCAUGACAGAACAGGAAGACGCACGAUUCUUCGAUGGGAGUCCUAUAAAAGUUUGUCGAACGAAAGUAAAUGAGACAUGGCGUUAUAUCUAUACAGUUAUGAUCACUGUCAUUUUCUUUCUGUUACCAUUUCUUGUUCUUGUUGGAAUUUAUUCUAAAAUUAUAAAACAAUUAACUUCAGACACAUUACAAUCGUUGACGAAGAACGAUAAGUCAGCGUUCAACAUACUACGCUCAAGGAAACAGGUGGUUAAAAUGCUUAUUAUAAUAAUUGUUUUAUUUUUUGUAACAUUAUUUCCUAUACGUUCAAUAACACUAUGGUUGAUAUUCACACCAAGCAAUGACGUUACCAAGAUUGGACUGGAAGCGUUUCUGAAUCUUAUAUCUUGGACAAGGAUCCUCAUGUAUGUCAACAGCGCGUCUAAUCCAGUCAUUUAUAGUUUAAUGUCGACAAAGUUCCAGAGAGCGUUCAAAAAAGUCUUAAGACGGAAUACGGAAAAUCGUUACACAGCUACAAUGUCGGCAAGAUUCAACUGUAACAAAAACGUUCAAAGACAAGUUCCGGUGUACAAACAGACAAAUGAUGACGGCAUAGGAGAUAUUGAUAACAUUCGAAAUGAAAAUCAAAUACUUGUAAUCAAGUUGGUUAUUGUACCCACGGUUGAAUUUCUGGCUCAUUGUCAGGGAAACAACAGAAAAAGAGAAGCUCAGCAUAUUAAGUUAGAACACGAAGAAAUGAAUCAUGCACAGCCAG